CGCAUGUGUGUGGUAAACAAUUCUAAUGCAUACAAAUACUGAUGCGCCCAGUGAUGUGAAAGGUUAUGCGCGUAUGGAUUGGGGAAUUUACAAGACUAGUAAGCUGUCAUGUUCAGCACCAUUAGGGACAGGAUAAAAGCUGUCCAGAAUGAUGUCAUUCAUAGUUUGCAGCGCCUGACCGGGCCGGACCAGCAGCUGGCCAGUGGGGAGGAGGAGCCGGACGUGCACUGGCUGGCGGGCGGGCGGCUGCUCUCCCGCCGCCAGGACCAGUGGAGUCGGCUGCACGCCAACGCCGAGCGCACCAUCUCCUUAGCAGACGACCUGAAUCUCAGCAUAUGUGCGGUGCGCGACCGGUGUCAGAGGGAGCACGCGCACAUGACUGAGUUCCACCGUCGUCUCACCGAGCUGCCGGCGAUCGCCGACAAAGUACACGGCAUGGUGGCUACCGUUGCGGCGCUGCAGACCGAGUUUUCCCGGGUGGAGCUGCAUCUGGUGGACUUGGAACACGAGGCGGCCGUGUCCCGCCUCGAGGACAGGAAGAUGCUCGAACGAGCUAAACUAGAGGCCUACAAACGCACCAGGCAGCAGCACUUUGACGAACUGCAAGUGGAGGCGGCACAGCGCCACCUGGAGCGAGCCACUCAGCGCGAGCGGCGGCAGCGGCGCGAGCAGGUUGAGCGCUACGCCACCUUCGACCAGCUGGCGCACGAGGAGCUGGAGCACUUUCGUCGCCACCAGACCCUGGACGAGGUGCGGCCGGUGCCGUGCCACCGCGGGCCGCAGCUCUCGCUGGACGAGGUGGACAUCAGCCGGGAGUCAGACGCGGCCGCGCUGGACGCGUUCCUAGCCGACACCGAGCUAGACCCUGACGACCCGGCCAGAGACAUAGAGACGGACCCCGAGGACCCGGCUAGAGACAUAGAGACGGACCCCGAGGACCCGGCCAGAGACGCUAUGCUGGGUCCAGAAGGAGGAGUUGGGGUGUUGAAUUCUAACCCCCUCGCUGAGGAGACAAGUCCUGGAGAUCGGGAGGUGGCAGCGGCAUCCGGUUUGGGAGCGACCGAACUGACUGCGUCCGCUGAAGGAACCCAUCGUGCCGCCGAGCCGAGCGAGCGGGCGCCGGCGGCGAACGGGUCGGCUCGUGCACCGCCGGACGGCACUUAGGACGCAAGCGACCGUUGGGGAGCCGUAACGAAGUGAUGCGUCCGCCCCCUCCCUCCUACAAAGCCGCGGCCGGUCUCGCCGUCUUCCUUGUGGCGCACCUGGGCGUUUUCUAGUCCCGUGGACGCGUGUGUUACCUGCUGCAUAUUAAAAGCGGUGAACAUCGAGUGGCUACAUUCCCCGCACCAUGGUAAUUAGUUAGUCGUUUGUUACGUCACGUGCGCGACAUGUACGUGCUGGGAAGGGGAAUUAUUUUACUACGAGUGAUAGGAAAAAUAUAUUAAUCA